GAUGAAUUCCAUUCGAAAUUUGAAUCACAUCCUUACGCUUUAUGGUUUUAUGGUUUUAUGAAACAUCCUGUGCACGAUAAUUCCCAAUGCAAGAAGAUAAUAACAGAACAAAUUCGCCGCAAUUACGGCCAGUUUUCGGAAAAAUCUCGCUAUGGAAGUGCGCGUUCUACUAGCCUUUUCGUCGAUACUCGCCUUAUGCUGUUCCCAACAACCCACCCCUUGCCAUCCAUCCCUGACCGUAGACAUUUCCGCAGCAGAAAAAUCCGCAAACCGACCGGAUGCAUUCCUCCACGACGGUUUGAUCUACGAGAAAAAAGACUACUUCAUUUCCGAGAACGGCACGCGAUUGGGGUGCAUCUGCAACGUGAAGCGGUGCUUCAGAAAGUGCUGCCCCUUGGGGGAGUACAUGAAACGGGAAGGAAUAUUGGACCAUCCUCCGAUGAACGACGACGAAUAUGCUUGCGCCCCGAGCAAUAGCACUCUCAGUGUAAACAUCCACAAUAAAACUACCAUCUCCGACGGCUUGACGAUGAGCAAUUUUUCCAUAACGGUGGGAAAAGAGUGCCUAGUGGACCAACACUUCCGAUCCAUUGAAACCGCGAACGAAUUCCUUUAUUUGCAAGAAAACGGUUCCUUGUACUACGACGAUGAAGUAAUACAGGAAUUUUACGAUAUCGGUUUGUAUUGCAUCGAUGAUUUCGAAGGCAAUUCCUGGGCCUUUAUGUGCUCUUAUAACGAUAGCGCUAGUAAUGACCGAGCAGAUAUGGAGAGAAUUGUAAAGGCAGCAAGCAUGUUGGUGUCGGCGCCGUUCCUGGUUUGCACGUUUUUGGUGUAUGUGAUUUUACCGGAACGCAAUUUGCACCGGUACGCCCUGAUGUGUUACAUCGUAAGCCUGUUAGGCGGCAACUCGACUCUGGUGUUGUUGCAGUUUUACGGGUUACAAUGGCCUCUGGUUUCCUGCCGAAUUAUCGGUUACUCGAUUAUAUUCUUCUAUUUGGCCUCGUUCGCCUGGCUGAACGCCCUUUGCAUCGAUAUGUCUCUAGCGUUCAGUUCGUGGACAGGAUUUUUGAGCAAGAAAACGUCGGAGAGGAGAAAGUUUAUCUUUUACAGCUUCUACGCUUGGGGCGCGUCGAUGUUUUUCGUGCUAUUGGUGUUUUUGCUGAGCAAGUUCAUGGAUGAACAUUCCAAGUUCCGUCCCAAUGUGGGAGAGGGAGUUUGUUUUCUUAAUGGUUUCUACCAGAAUCUGUUGUAUUUUUACCUGCCGAUGACCGUAUUGGUGGUUAUAAAUAUAGCGGCGUUCGUUUUUACUUUUUGGAAGAUAUACAAAAUCAAAAAAGAGACGAAAAUGCUGAAGAGAUCGGACAGCAGAAUCCACAGUCACAAUGACGACAACCAGAAGUUCAAAUUGUACUUGAAACUAGUAUUCGCGAUGGGAUUGAACUGGAGCAUGGAAAUAAUAUCGUGGUUCGUAAAGUGGGAAUGUCCAGCCGCUCCCGAUGAAUUAUUUUACGCAACGGACCUUAUAAACACCUUGUACGGAAUCAUUAUAUUCUUCAUAUUCGUGUUCAAGAAGAAAAUCAUACGCAGUUUACAAAAGAGAUUGAACAAAUUAUUCGGCAGGCCUCAACUCACUCCGCGCACGUCGGCGAAGAGCUCCCGAACCCAAUAUUCAGAUACAAUGUUAAGCACGACCGAUUACACUUCGUCCAGCCCUUCUGUGUUCAGACAACCGGAAUGGGUACCGCUCAAACAAAGAUAA